AUGCUGAUCACGUCCGUUCGGCCCGACGCGAAACUUUUCUCCUAUCCGGAGCGACGAGCAGCCGGAGAAACCGGCCGACAGACCAUGGAACCGCCAGCCGCCCGCCGCCGCGUCUCCGCAGUAACCAGGCGCCGAGCACUUCCGGGGUCACUGCCGCUGGAGGGCGCUGCCUCCCCGGAUCUUGCAGCAGCUGAUAGGCAAUGGGACCCAUGGUGGUGUCUGCCUGUCACCUUCAGCUCCCCCACUGCCCCAGACCACCCUGCCCCAGGCCACUCACUGCCCCAGGCCACCCUGCCCCAGGCCACUCACUGCCCCAGGCCACCCUGCCCCAGGCCACUCACUGCCCAGACCACCCUGCCCCAGGCCACUCACUGCCCCAGGCCACCCUGCCCCAGGCCACUCACUGCCCCAGGCCACUCACUGCCCCAGACCACACUGCCCCAGGCCACUCACUGCCCCAGGCCACCCUGCCCCAGGCCACUCACUGCCCCAGGCCACCCUGCCCCAGGCCACUCACUGCCCCAGGCCACCCUGCCCCAGGCCACUCACUGCCCAGACCACCCUGCCCCAGGCCACUCACUGCCCCAGGCCACUCACUGCCCCAGGCCACCCUGCCCCAGGCCACUCACUGCCCAGGCCACCCUGCCCCAGGCCACCCUGCCCCAGGCCACUCACUGCCCCAGGCCACACACUGCCCCAGGCCACCCUGCCCCAGGCCACUCACUGCCCCAGGCCACCCUGCCCCAGGCCACUCACUGCCCCAGGCCACCCUGCCCCAGGUCACUCUCUGCCCAGACCACCCUGCCCCAGGCCACUCACUGCCCCAGGCCACUCACUGCCCCAGGCCACCCUGCCCCAGGCCACUCACUGCCCAGGCCACCCUGCCCCAGGCCACCCUGCCCCAGGCCACUCACUGCCCAGGCCACCCUGCCCCAGACCACUCACUGCCCCAGGCCACUCACUGCCCCAGGCCACUCACUGCCCAGACCACCCUGCCCCAGACCACUCACUGCCCCAGGCCACUCACUGCCCCAGACCACUCACUGCCCCAGGCCACCCUGCCCCAGACCACUCACUGCCCCAGGCCACCCUGCCCCAGACCACUCACUGCCCCAGGCCACCCUGCCCCAGACCACCCUGCCCCAGGCCACUCACUGCCCCAGGCCACUCACUACCCCAGACCACCCUGCCCCAGGCCACCCUGCCCCAGACCACCCUGCCCCAGGCCACUCACUGCCCCAGACCACCCUGCCCCAGGCCACUCACUGCCCCAGACCACCCUGCCCCAGGCCACUCACUGCCCAGGCCACCCUGCCCCAGACCACCCUGCCCCAGGCCACCCUGCCCCAGGCCACUCACUGCCCAGACCACCCUGCCCCAGGCCACCCUGCCCCAGGCCACUCACUGCCCCAGGCCACCCUGCCCCAGGCCACUCACUGCCCAGACCACCCUGCCCCAGGCCACUCACUGCCCCAGGCCACCCUGCCCCAGGCCACUCACUGCCCCAGACCACCCUGCCCCAAGCCACCCUGCCCCAGGCCACCCUGCCCCAGACCACUCACUACCCCAGACCACCCUGCCCCAGGCCACCCUGCCCCAGACCACCCUGCCCCAGGCCACUCACUGCCCCAGACCACCCUGCCCCAGGCCACUCACUGCCCCAGGCCACUCACUGCCCCAGACCACCCUGCCCCAGGCCACUCACUGCCCAGGCCACCCUGCCCCAGACCACCCUGCCCCAGGCCACCCUGCCCCAGGCCACUCACUGCCCAGACCACCCUGCCCCAGGCCACCCUGCCCCAGGCCACUCACUGCCCCAGGCCACCCUGCCCCAGGCCACUCACUGCCCAGACCACCCUGCCCCAGGCCACUCACUGCCCCAGGCCACCCUGCCCCAGGCCACUCACUGCCCAGACCACCCUGCCCCAAGCCACCCACUCCCCAGGCCACCCUGCCCCAGACCACUCACUGCCCAGACCACUCACUGCCCAGACCACCCUGCCCCAGGCCACUCACUGCCCAGACCACUCUGCCCCAGACCACCCUGCCCCAGGCCACUCACUGCCCAGACCACCCUGCCCCAGACCACCCUGCCCCAGGCCACCCUGCCCCAGGCCACUCACUGCCCAGACCACCCUGCCCCAGGCCACCCUGCCCCAGACCACCCUGCCCCAGGCCACCCUGCCCCAGACCACCCUGCCCCAGGCCACCCUGCCCCAGGCCACUCACUGCCCAGACCACCCUGCCCCAGGCCACCCUGCCCCAGGCCACUCACUGCCCAGACCACCCUGCCCCAGACCACCCUGCCCCAGACCACCCUGCCCCAGGCCACCCUGCCCCAGACCACCCUGCCCCAGGCCACCCUGCCCCAGACCACCCUGCCCCAAGCCACUCACUGCCCAGACCACCCUGCCCCAGACCACUCUGCCCCAGGCCACUCACUGCCCAGACCACCCUGCCCCAGGCCACUCACUCCCCAGACCACUCACUCCCCAGACCAUACACUGCCCCAGACCAUACACUGCCCCAGACCACUCACUGCCCAGACCACCCACUGCCCAGACCACCCUGCCCCAGACCACUCACUGCCCAGACCAUUCACUCCCCAGACCAUACACUGCCCCAGACCAUACACUGCCCCAGACCACUCACAGCCCCUGA